AUGGGUGAUUCAGAAGACGGCACCACGUCUUCUUCGGACGGCUCCACCCGCAAAAUGUUGCCACGUCACGGGUCCAGCGACGAGGAGAGGGUCACUUUUUCGACGAUGCUCGACGAGGAGAACGGUCUGAUUUUGCGAUGCGUUUUCCAGUUUUCCAGUUCGAAACUGUGACUUUUUGUCGUAAAAUACACGAGUUUUGUGAGAGAAACCGCGGAAUUUUUCAAUUUUCCCCGAAAACGGCGUACUAUUUUACCAAAAAUCGGCGUCAGAAGCCGUAAUCCGGCUGCACAAUGCCAAGAAUGCCAAGAGAUGAGUUGCAAAGUGUCUGUCGGUUGCGAAAUGGCCUGUUUACCCGCACUUUCCUUUUUUCAAGUACUUUCCCUCUCUCUCUCUCUCUCUUCUCCAUUGUUUUCCGCCCAUUUUCGUCCGUCUUUUGUGCCUCCGAAUGUUCUCGAAUGGAAUAGCGGAUGAGGUGAAUGCGAAACGAAAAAACGGGCGUGGGAAAGUCGAAAAUUCACGCCGUCCUCACCAUUUCCACCACUGUGACACUUUGCAACCGCCGUUUCUGGUUGCAAAGUGUCACAGUCGCGAAAGUGAAUGUGGAUGUGUGUGUGUGAUGUGUCACGCACGCGGCACAAACACAUUAUUAUGUAAAAUGCGCGCCUCGUUCCCUCCCGGCCAAAAAAAACCAGAAUUCAGUUCAAUUUCCAAAAAAAAAAAAAAAGUAAAGUGUUUUUGUGUCGAUUCGAAUCGUUUCCAUCGUCGUUUUUUUCGCGGAAAACACAGUAUUCAACGCGGCAAAAACACAUUUGCGCAUUUCCGAUUCGCUUUUGCCACGUCACGAGCCCAUUUUCCGUUUCCGUGCCCCAUUCCGUCACACACUCAAAUCACCUCGUUCCUCCGUUUGCUUCCCCCCGGUUUUUUGUCGAUUUUCCCAUUCUCCUCGAGCCUUUGGGUUGCCACUAUCGAAGCCGUUUCGCAACCGAAGAGACACUGCGCAACCAAGUCGCCUAACUAUUGAUUUUUUCUGGGUCUGCUGCCACCCGUACGGUUUUGGUGUGAUCGUCAUUUGUACCACACUUUUUCCGUUUUCCAGUUGCGAGUUAUAGUUGCAAAGUGUCCGAAUCGCUCACCGCGCUAUUCUCUCUUGAUUCAUGUCAGUUGCAAAGAGCCCUUGAGUUCGCAGUUGGUUGCAAAGUGUCCAGAGUUGCGAAAAGUCCCUUAGUCAGUUGCAAAGUGUCCUAGACACCCUUUAAAACCGUUUUUCGACCUUACAAUAGCCUAAAACGCAUAAUUUUCACAUUUUGCAGAAGACACGGUCUCGGAUCGCCUACAAUAUCACCAGAUGAACCCGAAUCUUGUGGAGGAGUGCGAUCUUUGCGUUCUCGAAAACGGCCGCAUUUUUUAUAUCCAGUAAGUAUCCAAAAUUGCCAGUUUUCAAAUGCCUCGAGGGCAUAACAUUCGGAAUCAGAAUCAGAAUCGGAUAAUAGCCGAGUAGAGAGUUCGUCAAUCUAAUUUGAAGUGUGCUUUUGCUUAAAAGUCAAAUAUCUCGUAAUACAGAAAAUUUCGGAGAAGAUGAUCAAUUAUAAAGUUGUAGAGCAUAAAAUUAUCUUUCGAAUCGUUUUUUGAUGGUGUACAAAUCUUCAAAAUUGACCGAGAUAAGCCAAAAGCAACUGCGCUCUACUGGUAAUUCAGGCACCUCCUUGUAAAUCGACAAUAUCUCAGCACACAAGCCAAUUUGCAAAAUGUAAUCAAUUGCAAACUUAUAGUGCAAGAAAUUUGCUAUCAAUUCAUUUCUUAAUUGUUUAAAAAUCUUCAAAAUUGACCGAGAAACGCCAAAAGCAACUUUGCUCUACUGGCAAUUCUAGCACCUCCUUGUAAAUCGACAAUAUCUCAGCACACGAGCCAAAUUUCAAAAUGUGGUCAAUUGCAAACUUAUAGUGCAUGAAAUUUUCUAUCAAUUCGUUUCUUAAUCGUACAAAAAUCUUCAAAACUGACCGAGAUACGUGGCGGCAAAGUUAGGUCAGCCCACGGUUAUGCCAAGAAUGCAAACGCGCUCCAUUGAGAAUACCUCCAUCUACUCUCAACCUUAAUCUCUGAUCAGUUUUUUCAAAAACCCCCUAAUCAAAAUCCGGCCCGUGUAUGCCCAUUUUGUGUGUCGAACAAUUUUUUUUGUGUUUUUCUGCGGCUCCUCAUAAUAUUGUUGUUUUCCACGUCUUCGCCGAGGUACUGUAGUAUUGUUCAGUGUUCGGUGAGCAUUUGUUGCCCUUUGAAUGCGCGUUCAAACGCUCCUCAAUUUGCAAUUCCGCUCUCUCUUCUUCUUCUUCUUCUUCUCGGUUUUUUCGGUCCGCAAAUGUUUAUAGAUACACACACACAUGUGCCAUUUGGGACCAAGAAGGCUUGUGCCUCCUCAAGAUGAAUUCGACUUUUCGCAUUCACUUCCCCCUCUGCCCAUUUUCACUUGCCAACUCAAACUUUGUUCCUUCCUCACUUAACUCUCUCUCUCACUCCAACUGCUUGGCGGCACCGGCGCCGUGAUCCCAGUGCCCUCCGGCUAUUAUUAAACAACGUUUGUUCCCGCGCACACAGAAGCCAAUAAAUAUGCAAAGUUGGCGUGGCGGGGCAAAUUCCAUUCGCUUUUCUUUUUUGUGUUGGUUUGAAUUACUAAUUGCACAUUUUAGCACUAACCGGAUAGAUGUCAAAUGCCCUUCAACUUUGUCGCCACGUAUCUCAGUCAAUUUUUAAGAUUUUUUUAAAAUUAAAAAACAAUUUGAUAGAAAAUUUCAUGCUCUACAACUUUGUAAUUGAUGACUUUUCUCGAAAAUGUCUGUGCGCUGAGAUAUUGUCGAUUAACCAAACUGCAAUAUGAUUUAUCUGCCCCCCGCACAUUACGCGACUAUGACGUGGCAAAAUGAUGUACACACCUGAGCAUAGUCUAGACUGGUCCUCUGGGGAUCUCAGCGGGCAGCGCCACAAAAUGAGCCCAUAAAACUGGGCGACGAAAUCAGAGACCGACGGCUAAUUUAUGCAAAGUGAUAGGCCUGCUGACGUCAUUCUCUCCUUUUUUGUUUGUCAAGAAGACUGGAAGGAAGUUAGGAGACGGUGUGCUGCAUGGCCUAACUUUCUCCAUAAUGGCCUAGUAAUCCGACGAGUUGAACGAUAUUUUGGAGCAGAGAUUUACUCAUCCUAGUGGCCUAACUUCUUCCCAGACCGAACGAACUUUCACACAUUUUCCUGCCAGCCCGAUACACAGACAGACACACAUGUGUGCGUGUGCACAUACACACAAACAUCGUUAUCUGCGUGUGUGUGUCUGUUUUGACUAGUGCUUUUUUUCGCUUGCCUCCCCCCUAAGAAUAUUAUUUUGCCUCCAACUACUGGUAGUACCGGUAGAGGAACGAAAAAAAUAAAGCAAACAAGGAAAAAACAAAGAAAUUCGCGAGAACACUUGUUCGCACACUUCCUUCCGCUUGUUUUUGGGCCAUUUUUCCGCGAAAAACGAUUAGAGCAGUCGGGGUGGCCUAACUUUUGCAUCGAACGGUUUCUAGGCCACGCGCGACAAUUUCGUUCGUGUUCGAUGAUUCAUGUCAAAAGUAGGAGCGCACUGUAGGCGGCGGGGCGAGAGAAAUGUUUUUUUUUUUUUGAUUGAACGUCGUUUCGCCACAAACAAACCCGAGCUUUCCGCGCUUUUUUGAGCUCUCGGACAAGAGAGAGAAAGAGAGAGAGAGAGAGAGAGAGAGAGAGAGAGAGAGAGAGAGAGUUGACUAAAAGUGUCAACCCAUCUGCCCAACCGGAGGGGACCAAGUUUCUCUCAAGAGACCUCUUGGUUCCUUCCUACACCAACUUUUUCACAUUCAAACGUCUGUGCGCUUUGAGAGUUGGCCUAACUUUUAUUCCGAAAAUUCUAGGCCAUGUUUUUGUGUGGCCGAACUUUUUCCUCGCUUGAAAUCAAUGCCAUUUGCUCCUAUCACCGCCCGUGGCCUAACUUUUCCUAGUGCAAUCCAAGGCCAUUGUCGAGCGAAAGUUGUUGAGGUGUCAUUCGUGGCCUAGCUUUACUGACUACGGAAAUCUAGGCCAUCCUUGGUUCCCUUUCAAUUUUGGCCACAAAUUCUUGUUAGAAAGCUAGGCGGUGGCCUAACUUUUUCAAGGGAAAUCUCUGGCUGUGACCUAACUUUGAUGAAAACUAGGCCGAUGGCCUAGAAAUUCCUUUUCCUCUUCCACUCCCUUAACUACAGUAUCCUUUCCAGUUCCGCUCCUCGGGAUUCCACGGGACCAAGUCCACAUUUGUCUUCCACUCCCUCUUUCUUCUUCUUCUUCUUCUUCUUCUUCUUCCAUAUCAAAUUUCAUUCGAAGAAGACAGAGAGAGAGAGAGAGAAAGAGCACGCACACAAAUUCUCCCCCCGCUUCUUUUUUCCAAUUCGUUUCUUUCGUUUUCUGUCUGGCCGUCCGUCGUUUUUUUUUCUCGAAACCGACAAUAAUUGUGAUCCUACAAUAGUAGAACCAAAUGAUCAAGUCGAAAAGUCUUCAAUUCCACGCCGCCGGCUCACAAUCGCCGCCGAAACGCAUUUGUUGCUCGGGAAGUGUCGAUGAGAUCAAGGAUUUGAUGUGAGCACACUGAAACCGAUAUUGUGGGGUCGUGGAAAGUGGCGCGGCUCUGAAAAUUUUUGUGCCGUAUCUUCAUGUCUUGUACUCGGUUUUUGUAGUUGAUCACUUUUUUGUGCGACCACUCCUAGGGUUACUGUAGUCCAGAGUUGAGCGGAAUAACUCAAUUUUUAUCUUUUUUAGCAAAUUUUUUCAUGAAAUGUGAUCAACUGACGAAAUGUAUAGAAAAAUGAACUCUGCCCAUAGAAAAAUAAUUGCAAAUUUAACUUUUCAGACAAAAACGUUAUUCGAGCUGUUCUGUUAGCCCCCUUUUUUACGCAACAACUCGUAUAACUUUUUUGGAUGAAAAGUUAAAUUUACAAUUAUUUUUCUAUGAGCACAGUUCACUUUGCUAUACAUUUCGUCAGUUGAUCACAUUUUAUGAAAAAAUUUUCUAAAAAAGAUAAAAAUUCUUCCGUGUUCUUCCGUUGAGUUCUUCCGCUCAACUCAACUUCUAACACAGCACUUGAAACCCGGGGGGUAACUAUGGCUAUUUGAAGGUAAAACAAGUGACUGGGACCUAAAAUUAAAAAUUGAUAGUAUAAUAUUUAGAAUAAUUUUCCGACUUUUCAGUCACACGACGCGCAGCUCGCACUGGGAACCGCCAUGGGCCUCGUGGAGGUGUCGACUCGGACUGCCGUACGGAUGGGAACAGGCGAAGGACAACGACGGAAACACGUAUUACAUUGAGUGAGUUGGGAGGGGGGGGGGAAGAGGAAAAGCUAGGCCAUGACCGAGAGUUUUCAGCCAUUUGAAUCGCACGACGACCUACACGGAUCCGAGGAAAACGCGGCCGCCGGAGGGCAGACGGACAGUCAGUAUCCGACGGGGAAAAGAUAUCGGAUUCGGGUUUGUCGCCGCUGGACAACUACCCACUAUUAUACAGUUUGUGUCGCCAGGUAAACAAUAGCGAAAAAUCGAAAAAAAAACCGGAAAAUGUAACGUUAACUUUGAGAGCUUAUAGUAAUAUCACCGCUAAACUUCUAGAAGCUACAGUAAUCUUAGGAGAGGUUUUACGCAACAGUUGUCAACUAAAAAAAUGUGGUACUAGACAUGUACUCCACUUUUCUAGUUGACAACUUUAUUGCACAACCACUUCCUGGGCUACUGUAGCGCUUGGAGCAUAGACACGUCUCCUAACAUGCUGCCAACUUUCAAAGUCGAACAUUUCAAGACAAGUACCGAUUUCAGAAGGACCGUCCGACGGACUCCUCUACGCAAACGAUCAGAUUCUCGAGGUGAACGGUGCGGACGUGCAGAACGAGUCGAAGGACAACGUGGUGAAUGCGGUGCGGGCGACCAAGGACGAGCUUCAGAUCACCGUUCAGCAGCUGCCGUUGCGGCAGAAGAACACGCGGAAAAACUGCAAAGUUCGGUUCACGGACCGGGUUCUCGUCUCCUCGGCGAAUGAUAACGUGAGUCGGGGGACUAGGAAGCUGCAAGUCAGGGGUGUGCGGAAAAUUUUUUUCGGAAAAUUUCGGAAAAUCGGUUUUUCCGAAUUUUUUUUUUCGGAAAAUUUCGGAAAAAUCGGAAAAAUCGGAAAACUCACAAAAACACGCUUUCUCACCGUUUUUCCGCCCAGUUAAAUAUACGUCCCACUUUCCCAUUACGUCAGCUUUUCUGAAAAAACAACACAAAUCGCAACAAUCGGUUCAUUAGAAUGAGAAAAACGAAAGAAAUUGCGUAAAAUUUAAAAAUCAAAUUUAAAAAGACGCUCGCUGCUAGACCCUUCCAAAAAUUUUGUGAUGCGCCUUUAAAAAGCAUACGGUGGUUUCGGACAAAUUGACCUUGAAUCCACACUAAUUUUCCGAACAUUUUGCCGAACAUUUUCGGAAAAUCGGAAAAUUUCGGAAAAUCGAAAUAUUUUCCGCACACCCCUGGCUGCAAGGCCACCUCAAUCAUUUCAGAACUCUGAUUUCCCGCCCCUUCUGCCCAAUGUGCUCCGUGUCUACCUGGAGAACGGACAAACGCGCUCGUUCAAGUACGACACGAGCACGACGGUCAAGAAUAUUCUGGAAAGUAUACUGGAGAAGCUGCAGAUCACCGCCAAAUCGCACUUUUCGCUGGCACUCGAGUAUUCGUUGGGCGCGCGCACGAGUAGAAUCAGUUUGUUGAGACCGGAUUGCAAGAUAAAGUCGGUGAGUUGGAUCUUUACUAUUUUUAGUGUAUUUUAGCGAUGAUUUCCGUCUCUAGAAUGGAAGAAAAGAGCCCAAGUGUUCAGAUCAUCGACCUGCCCAACUCGGAGCACCUCCGCUGCGUGUUCCGGCUCUCGUUCGCGCCGUCCGACGCGUUCGUCCUCCUGCUCUCCGACCCGAAAUCUCUGGAAUACUACUAUCAGCAGUGCGUGAACGACGUCGUCCGCGGCCGAUUCGCAAUGGAAAUGCGAUACGAGGCGUGCAUUCGACUGGCCGCCCUCCACGUUCAGCAGGUCGCCUACGAUUGUAACAUUCUCAAGGAGAACUCGAAAGUGUCGGUGAACCGGGUGGAGUGAGUCAAAAAGCGGCAAAUCAUUGAUGCAUAAUAUCCUAUUUAGAAGGGAGUACGGUCUCGGCACUUUCCUGCCCGCCAUCGUUUUGGAGAAUGUGAAGCGGAGGGACAUCCGGAAGCACAUCAGAUUCUACCUGAAAAGGGACACCUCGCGGCUCGUGGACUGUCUCGGAAAGCCGAGCAUCAACAGCGGAUAUCCACCGGAACUCGAGGCUUGUAAGUAGAGAAAAAUGAAGAGUUUGAGCAGCCAAAACUGGAGUUUUUAAAGUCGGUCACCCACGGUCUCCAGAGCGAUGUAUUGGCGCGAAAUUCAAAUUUUAACAGCAAAAUUUGUGUUUUUUUGCCAGAUUAGCCACGAAAAAUCGAUAAUUUCUGAUUUUUCUCUCGAUAGACCGAUUGUAUAGGCUAUUACGAAUUUUUUAAGCGCAAGAGCGUUAAAUUUGGUCAAGUCGCAAAUCACAUUUAUCCGUUUGAAGGUUUUUGGCUAAAAAUGCGUGAAUUUCAGUUGGUUUUCGGUAAUUUUUGCGGUUCGAGCGCUCAAAAUGCUUGUAUUUACGUGAUUUAUCAUUCUCAAAACCAUUUCUGUCUGAAAACGGUCAAGAAAGCGCAAAAUGAGAAGUGCGGUUUUUAGGCGGCGAUCGGCGGCGAAGGCGAAAAAGCAAAGUCCGCGAAAAAUGCGCCAAAACGUCAUUAAUUCUGAGAAUUAGUGUGUUUUCAUGUCGGCCAAUCAUUUUUCAUCGCCUUUGACCGCAAAAAUCAGAGAAAACCUGCUCAAUUCAUGAAAACGCCAUUUGGCCGCCCCGAGGCCACGCCCAUAUUGUCAGCUCUGAAGACCGUGCGGCACCCAAUUGCUCUUGCAGGCUCGGCACAAUUCUCGAACGAGCCGUCGAUGAUGGUCCGUCUCAAGUACAUCCACAUCGUCUCGCACCUUCCUUCGUUCGGCGGCCGCUCGUUCUGUGUCACGUUCAAAGAGUCGCAAAUCGAUAUGCUGAUGCAGGUGGAGCCUCGUACCGGCCUGUUGGUGAGGCAUCCGGGCAAGUCCGGCCAGCCGUCCAUCUCGAUCGGAUUCGAUUUGAUCGGCAAGCUCGUGGUGUGCAAGGAGACCGACGUGGCCAGUCUGAUCAGCAUUCGGCUCGCCAGCAAUCCACAUCAGGGACUCGAGUUUUUGGUGGACAAGGACGAUUUGGACGAUCUCGUCAUGUAUAUCGUCGGAUAUCAUAAGGUACAUCUCAAGAACUAGGCAUUUUUUCAAAAAUGUGUAACCACAAAAAAUGUAGAGAAUUUUGUUCUGAUCAACUUUCUAAUUGGCCAUUUUAUCCUACCAUUUGCGCUGUUCGAGUUAUGAGCAUUUUUUUGAUUAAGUUUGGACCUUUUAAUUAUAGGUAACCUACGAAAAAGAGCUGGAAUGUGAGAUCGACGAUUCGCCGCCGAAAGCCCGUGAACUUCCGGACAAAGCCCCUCCGUACUCGGCGAUUCACACCGUCAUCAAAUCGGAUUGGAACUACAGCGGCGACUCCGGUUCCAUCGAGAAGGCGUUCGAUCCUUCGGACGGUCCGCCGUCCUACGAGAUUGCCAAUUCGUUCGUGCAGAUCGCCGCGUUCGAGGAGCCAGAGAAGAAGAAGAAGGAGCCGGUGGGACCGCCGACGGCACCACGACAAAGCUUCAGCGAACCGAAGAAGCUGCUGCGGGCCACCGACUCGCUGCUGAUCAAGAACUCGCGCGAGCUGCACGCGAAGGAGACCGACCAGCGGUCCGAGUCGUCCGACACAGAGGACUCCUCCUUCUCCUCGCCGCUCCGCUCGCCGAACAUUGACCGUCUCUGCGACGGAAUCAACCUGCUCGUGACGGGACCGCCCGCCAGAAGGGCCUCCAUCGAGACACUCAUCCAGAAGAGCCAGCCGAACGCGAACCUCGAGAGCCUCAUCCUUCAGUUCCCCACGAUUCCCGACGAGGAGGACGAGGAGGAGGCGGGAGGAGGCGGCCAAACGAACGGAGACUCGAUGCAAACUUCGACGACGACAGUGGUGGCCAACGGAAGAACGACGUGCUACGUGAAUCGGAACGGAUCGUGCGCCAAGUCCUAUCGCGACGAGUACAAUAAUCAUAGGUGAGCUCCGAGUUCUGCGCAAAAAUGCCUUGUAUUUUAUAGGGGCACCGCACAGAAAUGGCGCUCUGUUGAGAAACUCGUUUUGCAGUGCAAAUUGAGCGACCUCGGGGCCGAGUUUGAAAAGUUAGGCCACGUUUUCAGUGGAAAAUUACUUUGCGGCCUAGAAAUUCGGCCAGAUUGUUUUUUGUUUGGCCAGAACAGCGCGCCCUCGGUGAAAAAUGUUUGUUCGACAUGAAAACACACUAAUUCUCAGAAUUAAUGACGUUUUGGAGCAUUUUUCGCGGAUUUUGCUUUUUCGCCUUCGCCGCCGAUCGCCGCACUUCUCAUUUUGCGCUUUCUUGACCGUUUUCCGACAGAAUUGGUUUUGAGAAUGAUAAAUCACGUAAAUACAAGCAUUUUGAGCGCUCGAACCGCGAAAAUUACCGAAAAGCAACUGAAAUUCACGCAGUUUUAGCCAAAAACCUUCAAACGGAUAAAUGUGAUUUGCGACUUGACCAAAUUUAACGCUCUCGCGCUUAAAAAAAUCGUAAUGGCCUAUACAAUCGGUCUAUCGAAAGACAAAUGAGAAAUUAUCGACUUUUCGUGUGGCUAAUCUGGCAAAAAACACAAAUUUUGCUGUUAAAAUUUGAAUUUCGCGCCAAUGUAUCGCUCUAUUGGGCGGGGCACAAGAGACUGUGUAUAGCACAAACUCGUCUUCCAGUUUUUCAGCGAACUAACGCCCGUAUCCGGAGACUCUCUGCUGCUCGCCGACUCUUCCUCGAUUGCGGCCAUCGACGACGACGUCCCACUCUUAUAA